GAAUCAUAGAUAGGAAACUAUACUAGUGACUUAUCUAAUUUUAUUGUAGAAAUUUUCGGGAUAAAUGAUUGGACUAUGCAAACUAGAAAUACCUUUUCUUGGAUAAAGGAAGAGAUUAUUCGAUUCAUUUCCGUAUCACUAUUAAUAUAUAUAAUAACCAGGGCACCCAUUUCAAAUGCAUAUCCCAUUUUUGCCCAACAGGGUUAUGAAAAUCCACGAGAAGCGACAGGCCGUAUUGUAUGUGCCAAUUGUCAUUUAGCUAACAAGCCCGUAGAUAUCGAGGUUCCACAAGCGGUACUGCCUGAUACUGUAUUUGAAGCAGUUGUUCGAAUUCCUUAUGAUCUGCAACUGAAACAAGUUCUUGCUAAUGGUAAAAAAGGAGGCUUGAAUGUGGGUGCUGUUCUUAUUUUACCUGAGGGGUUUGAAUUAGCCCCUCCCGACCGUAUUUCGCCCGAGAUUAAAGAAAAGAUGGGAAAUCUGUCUUUUCAGAGCUAUCGCCCCACUAAAAAAAAUAUUCUUGUGAUAGGUCCCGUUCCUGGUCAAAAAUAUAGUGAAAUCACCUUUCCUAUUCUUUCCCCGGACCCCACUACUAAGAAAGACGUUCAUUUCUUAAAAUAUCCCAUAUAUGUAGGCGGGAACAGAGGAAGGGGUCAGAUUUAUCCCGACGGGAGCAAGAGUAACAAUAAUGUUUAUAACGCUACAGCGGCGGGUAUAGUAAGCAAAAUCAUACGAAAAGAAAAAGGGGGAUACGAAAUAACCAUAGUGGAGGCAUCUGAUGGACGUCAAGUGGUUGAUAUUAUUCCUCCAGGCCCCGAACUUCUUGUUUCAGAGGGCGAAUCCAUCAAACUGGAUCAACCAUUAACGAGUAAUCCUAAUGUGGGUGGAUUUGGUCAAGGGGAUGCGGAAAUAGUACUUCAAGAUCCAUUACGUGUACAAGGCCUUUUGCUCUUCUUGGCAUCGGUUAUUUUGGCACAAAUCUUUUUGGUUCUUAAAAAGAAACAGUUUGAAAAGGUUCAAUUGUCCGAAAUGAAUUUCUAGAUCCACAGAUUUUCAAUACCAAGCUCUAAAAAGAACCCCGAUUUUUGUUGGAAAAUUUGUUAUGGAAUUCUAUCAAAAAAAUUCUGAAAAGUCUUUAGGCUUUUUUAUUUUAGUUUUCUAUCUUAUAUCAUACAUUACAUUUUUUGAGAAUUACUUGUAACGCAUUACUAGUUAUAGUAUGUAUACUGUGAAGAAGACUAUUUGACUUUACUUAUUUAUUUCUUUGUUUUUUCAAUCAAAACCGAAGCGGUAUGAUUAUGUCACUAUUGUCCGAUUUCAAUGCCAUGCCAUUUAAAAUUCCAUCGAAUGAAUCAAUAGUUUUCUAUUCUAAUAGAUAUAGAAUGCUAUUUAACUCAAUUUAACUCAACACUAACCAUAAGAUAAAUAAGCAGAAAAUAGAAACCAAAGUAUCAAAAAAAUGAAUGAGAGGAAGAAAGCAUUCUAAUUCGAAAAGGGAUUAGUUGUAUUCCUAAUCUUUGACACAAGAAAAGGAAUUUUCCACAACCCUUUCUUGUGUCGAAAUAAUAAUCAUUCUUGAUCCCGUUCGUUAAAGAUUCCUAUUCGUCUCGUAGUUUCUAUUUUUUUCUAGGUUUAUCAUAACCCUUCUUUUAGAUUUAUUCCAUAAAUAAAGUAUGGACGGAUACUAUCGAGGAACAGAUGUUCUGAAUCAAGUAAUUUAAGUUAAUUUUCUAAAAAUAUCAUAAAAAACGAAACUGGAGUUUUUUGAAACAUCCGAAAAAAAUCCUUUUUUUGUUAUCAUUUAGAUUUAGACGAAUAAAAUAUUAUGAUUAUUAAGAGCUCAACGGGACCUACCCCCUCUUUCUUUGUCUUCUUCGAGGGGGAUUCCGUUGAGUUCUUACGCUUUCAUGUCCUGUCUACAACUCAGUUUACCCAAUUACUAAAGGGAUGAACCUAAUCCAGAAUAUGAACCAUAAAAGAAAAUACCGAGUAAACCGAUCACAAGAAUACCAGCUACAGUACCUAUUAUCCAAAGAGGAAUCCUUCCAGUAGUAUCAGCCAUUUGUCCUACUUUCCUCCACAUUUCAUCAGGUGGUCGUGCUAGAGACAUAAACAGCCAUAGAUAAUUAUGAGAUGAUAUCCUUCCGAAUGGGAUAAGAGAAUUCCUACUAUUAUUUCCUAUUCUUCUUUUUUUAAUUGAAGAAAUAAUUGGAAAAUAAAACAGCAAGUACAAAAAUGAGUAAUAACCCCCAGUAGAGACUGGUACGAUUCAAUUCAACAUUUUGUUCGUUCGGGUUUGAUUGUGUCGUAGCUCUAUGAUUCGGAUUAGGUUUAUCGUUGGAUGAACUGCAUUGCUGAUAUUGACCCCAAAAAAGAAACGGUAGGUACAGCUAGUCCGUGAACAGCUAACCAUCGCACAGUAAAAAUUGGAUAGGUUCUAUCUAUAGUCAUUUGUGCCUCCUAAAAAGAUCUACUAAAUUCAUCGAGUUGUUCCAAAGAAUCAAAGCGGCCUGUUAUUAAUGGAACUCCUUGUCGGCUCUCUGUAAAAUACUCGUUUGGACGGGGACUUCCAAAUACAUCGUAAGCUAAACCCGUGCUGACGAAUAACCAACCCGCAAUGAAUAGGGAAGGUAUAGUAAUGCUAUGAAUGACCCAGUAUCGAAUACUGGUAAUAAUAUCAGCAAAAGAACGUUCUCCUGUGCUUCCAGACAUCUUAAGCUCCGCAUAUUCUUGUACAGUCAAAGGGGGGUCGACUCCGUAAAAGAUGAAAUCAGUAAACAGAAAUUCACUGAAAUCAGAUCUUUGUGAGAUCGUCAAUAGUGUACCAAGGGUUUCUUUAGAGUAUACCGAAUCAGUAUAGCUAUCCUUCUUCUGACACAGCAACGAAAUUUCCCAAUCAGGAUCGAAACGAAGUGUUAGAGAAUUUCUUUUUUCUUGUUGCGUGUACAUGUAGAAUUUGUACUAUUCAACUAUUCAAUAGAGUCUUUCUCAAAUUCCUGUAUCAUUACAAUUCCUGCAGUAACUGUAGUAGUGCUUGUAAUAUAAUAAUCUAAAGGUUUUCUCAAUUUCUCUAUUAUUAGCUUCGGACUCGAAACUGAGGAUGAGGUAAAAAUACUAGAUAGUAUUAGUAUUCAAGGAAAGAAAACAACGAAUAAAUAAAAUAAAUAAUAAUCAAUAUUCGUGAUGCACAGAGUGUUGUUGUAUUAGACCCAAAGAAAAGGGUCUUUCUUGAACUAAUUACAAAGAUGGAGCUUUGUAUGUAAUUAAGAAAGACAAAAUAUAAAAAUAAGUUCAAUUUAAAGUAAAAAAGUAAAGGACAUUUUCAUUAUAAGCUAAGAUCACUUGUCGUUCUAAACUGAAAAUUAAGUAAAAAAAAGGAUUCGUCGAUACAAUCAAAAAAUAAUCAAAAUAAAAAAGAUUUGGUAAUUUUAUUUCAGAGUGAUUCAAAGAAAGUUUCCUUUUUGAAUGAAGUUCUAAAACAACUAUUUUUACUUUUUUUUUUCUAAUUAUUUAAAAUUUAUUUAAAAUAUUCUAUAUAUACUAAUAUAUAUUAGAUAUUGUAUUGUUUAUUUAGUGUACUCAACUCAAGAGUUGCUCAAUGAAUCGGUUGAUUCGAAAUUUCGAAAUGGAUAGAUGUCACAAAUGAUGAAUUGAUUUCUUACCUAUGUUACUCUAUUUUUGUUAGGACCGCCUUCUAUAAUUAUAAUAAUUGAUGAAUCAAAAACUUUCAAUUGGUAUUUUUGUUUAUCUUCGUAUCUUUUAUAAAUGGAAAUUUAGGGAAGUGCUUUAGAAACAUAUGUAUAAAAAGAACAUAUUUCAUUUAGUCUCUUUAUGCCUACUAUAACUAGUUAUUUCGGUUUUCUACUAGCAGCUUUGACUAUAACCUCAGCUCUAUUUAUCGGUCUGAACAAGAUAGGACUUAUUUGAAAUUAAUUGAACGAACAAUUCAUAAAAACCUUCUGUGGUAGUUCAUUUAUUCUAUAGUUACUUAACGUGUCAAUUUUCAAUUUUUGGUCAUUGAGAUUCAUGAGUAAUACCGAUUAAAAUUUAAGGAUAGAUAUUACCUCUCCUUUUCCCCUUUCAAAGAAAUUGAAAUGAUUGAAGUUUUUUUAUUUGGAAUUGUCUUAGGUCUAAUUCCUAUUACUUUGGCUGGAUUAUUUGUAACUGCAUAUUUACAAUACAGACGUGGUGAUCAAUUGGAUCUUUGAUUAAUUAACAUCUCUUUUUUUGAUUGACCUCCUACUUGUUUUAAUCUACAGGAGGUCAAAUUCAGAUUGUUGUUCAAUUAUUUUUGUGUUAUUUUCGACCUAACAAAUAAGAAGAAUCGAAGCACGCUCUGUAGGACUUGAACCUACGACAUCGGGUUUUGGAGACCCACGUUCUACCAAACUGAACUAAGAGCGCCUUAAUUAUCUUAAUUAUUAUUACAAGAAUAACUUUGUAACCCAACUUAGAUAUAUAUACUAUCCUAGAGAAUUUUAUUCUCUAUUGCUUAGGUAUAUCCAAUUUUAAUCAAUCUCAAUUGAUUCCUCGUUACUGCUCAUAAGAUAAGUAAUAGGUAGGGAUGACAGGAUUUGAACCUGUGACAUUUUGUACCCAAAACAAACGCGCUACCGAGCUGCGCUACAUCCCUUUCAAUUGGUCUACAGUGUCAUUGUAGAGAAUCCUUGUCUUGUUUUCCACAUUUUUAUUUCUUUUAUUGAAAUACAAAAUUCAAUUAUCUUGUCAUUUUUUCUUUUUUAGGCUCAUAUCAUAUAAUAAUAAUAGACUUAUAUACGUACUAAAUAAAUAUAAUAUGAAACCCAUCGUAAAAAAAUGAAUAUUUUGGGGGAAUUCUCAAACAGAAAGGGACGUAUUUGUUGUUUUAAGAAAAAACUAAUGAAUAUCUAUUAAAUCAUUGUACAUUUCAAGUUGUAUAUUCCAAUUUGUCUUAGGGAUUCUGCGUAGAAAUACAAGUGUCAGUCAUUAACUACAUAUACGCAUCUGUUUCUAUAUGUAUUAGCAUUAUGUAUUACAAAUUGUAUUAAAAUUACAAUAACGAAUAAAAAGAAGGAGGAUUUUAAAUGCGAGAUCUAAAAACAUAUCUUUCCGUGGCACCGGUAGUAAGUACUAUAUGGUUUGGGUCUUUAGCAGGAUUAUUGAUAGAGAUCAAUCGUUUAUUUCCGGAUGCGUUGAUAUUCCCCUUUUUUUAAUGAUAGUAAUUGGGAAGGGGUGACGAAAAUUAAAUUAGAGAUACAAUCAAAAAUUUGUGACUAAUCCCUCCCCUUCUCUUCUUAUCUUAAUUUUUAGAAUUCAAAAUAAAUUCGAAAAAGAAUAAAAGCGGAUUGACCCGCGUGAAACUAAGAACUUGGGUUUCCAGGCUAAAAAUUUAAUUAAUAUUUAAUUAAUAAUAGAAUGAGAAAGAAAAUGGACUAGCUGUGGCAACAAUAUCAUACAAAAAACUUCAAUAUUGUACAGCGAUUAUAAAUUCUAAAUACUAAAUUAAAUAUUUAAGUAGAAAUUUUUAUAUUACUUAUUAUUACUAUAUUGAUUGCAACGAAAUCUUUAAUAAUUGGAUUUCAAGUUAGCAACUUCUAUUUUUUCCUUCCUUUCUUCUUCUUCGCUUCGGAUUGGAAAAUAGAAAAAUAGAAGAGUUGAAUCAAUCAAAAACCCAAAGGAGGUUCAUGGCUAGGGGUAAAGAUGCCCGAGUAACGAUUAUUUUGGAAUGUACCAGUUGUGUUCGAAACCGCGUGAAUAAGGAAUCAAUAGGCAUUUCCCGAUAUAUUACUCAAAAAAAUCGACAUAAUACGCCUAGUCGAUUGGAAUUGCGAAAAUUCUGUCCUUCUUGUUACAAACAUACGAUUCACGGGGAGAUAAAGAAAUAGAUCGAACCGAUCGCUCGCGUGUCCGCCUUACAUUCCAAGGAAGACGAAAAAGACAUAUUCUAUAAUAACAAUAAUUACAUAUUAUAUAUAACAACAAUUAUAUCAUAUCCAACGGAUCCUAUAUUUAUUUAAAUAUAAACAAAAAAAUUCUAUUUCUUAAUUUGAAAUCAUUUUUGAUCCGAUCAAAAUAGAAUUAAUAUUUUCGGGACAAGGAAUAAAAAAAUCAUGGAUAAAUCCAAGCGAAUCUUUUUUAAAUCCAAGCGAUCUUUUCGUAGGCGUUUGCCCUCGAUACAAUCGGGGGAUCGAAUUGAUUAUAGAAACAUGAGUUUAAUUAGUCGAUUUAUUAGUGAACAGGGAAAGAUAUUAUCUAGACGGGUGAAUAGAUUGACCUUAAAACAACAACGAUUAAUUACUAUUGCUAUAAAACAAGCUCGUAUUUUAUCUUCGUUACCUUUUCUUAAUAAUGAGAAACAAUUUGAAAGAAGCGAGUCGACUCCUAGACCUACCGGUCUUAGAACUAAAAAUAAAUAGGCUUUCUCUUCAAUUUCAAUUGAAUCAAAAAAAAACCAAUCCGAACUCAAAUGCGAAUUGACGUUUUGUUCAAACAAUAUCAAAAUUAAGAUUUGAUUGUAGUGUCGUAAGAAAAAAAAGAAUUGGGGAAGAAGAAUAAAUCUUUUUUUAUUGAACGUAUUUGUUCAUUGUGACGACUUUAUCAAAUUCUAUCCUAUUUUUUUUUAUCAUACUAAUUUCUACUCUACCUUCCCGGAGUUCAUUCGCCAGGGAACUCCGUUUAAAACAUUCCAAUGGAUUCCGUUCAAUUUCCUUCUUUUAAGAUCUCAUUGGAAAUCAUAUAAAGACAAUUCCUAUUUAAUAUAGCUAUUUGUGCAAGUAUUUUACGAUUAAGAAGCAACUGCUUCUUGUACAGAUUGUGUAUAAAUCUACUAUAACUGUAGUAUACCUUAUAGUCUCGUAUUACUGCAUUUAGCCGAGUGAUCCACAAACGACGAAAAUAUCUCUUUUGCUUACCUCUAUCCUGAUGAGCCGAAACCAAAGCUCUUAUUUUCUGUUGAUUAAUAGUACGAGUAAGUCUUGAAUGAGCCCCUCGAAAGCUUGAUGCAAAUAAACGAAUUUUUGUUCUACGUCUUCGAGCUAUAUAUCCUCGUUUAAUUCUAGUCAUUGACUAAAUGAAACUUUGAUGAAUAACUAAUUGAUUUCUUUUCUUUCAGUUAUUGUCCUUCCCUUUUCUAGUCUAUUAAUAAGAAAACGGAUUCUUCCAAUGUAUAAAAUAAAAAUUCCAAUGGCUUUUGCUACUAUAACCUUCCCAACCACGAUUUUUUCCUUUUUUUUUUUUUUCUAGACCUCUCACCUAGAAAUAAGAAAUUGUAUUGAUACUAUAAAACAUAGUAACUAAAAAAGUAGUAAAUAUAAUAAAUAGGUAUAGUGGGUUCCAUCGUUUCUAUGGUUACUUCUUAAACGGUAAGGUCCUCUCUAUACACCGGAGCCUCUUCCCUCAUUUAAUCAAUGUUAUUGUUAACUUGUACAGUUCACACUCUUUGGCUCUACCCAUAAUUAUCCAGUAAUAGGUCUUUCACAACGAGACCCACCCAUACAGUAACGGUAUUUAAUUAUAUUAUGAAGAUUAGCUGAGUAGCUGACCCUGUUAGUCCGUUCUUGCAAGAGUCAAGAGUAAAGGCAGAAUAUUUCUGCUUUUUAAAUAGGAUUUCCCUGCUUAAUGAAUACCAUUUGCUACCAAUGGGGAAUUCUUUCUCAUCUUAAAUGAAAAAUAGAAGUGAUUGGAUUUGUACCAAUAGCAACCAUAAAUUAAUUUGAUACCACAAUAAAAGGAUAUGAUAGAUCUUUUUUAGAUUUUUAGAUAUUUUCAUUUUUCGAUUCGAUAGUGAAUGGUGUUUUUCCAUUCUAUCCUAUUCACUCUUAUUGAUCACUGAUACUGAAUCAAUUGUUUUCUUUCUUUUGGCCUAAUCCAUGAUCUGAACGAGUCGCACAUACACCCUAGUACAUGUUCCUCGUCGCUGAGGACACCCCCGAAGAGCGGGAGAUUUCGUGACAUUUUUGAUUGGCUGUCUUGUCUUUCUAAUAAGUUGUUGAAUAGUUGGCAUGUUGAAUCAUAUACAUAAUGGGUUGGUUUAGAUCGAUCCUAACCGGAUGAUUAUGAAUCAUUUUUUUAUUAAUAGAUUCAUCAAAUACAAUAUUUAUUUUAUUGUUAUUAUAUUAAACCUGGUAAAAAGAGAAAAUGAAAAUAUCAAAUUGCAUAUUUGCGGAAAUCCCUGUUC